CGGUACGCCACUUGUGACCAAGAGGGAAAAGCGCGGACAUUGAGAAUACUGGGGAAAUUAUGGCGACUGAUACCUACAUUUGGCCGACUUCGUUUUUGAACACGCAGAAUGAUCUCUGAAAACAGGAUCAUAACUUAAUUGAUUGCUGGAACAGAGUCCAAUUUCCUCUUCUCAUGUAAAGGCAUCAGGAGUUGUCUAACAUGGACAGAGAAUUAAGGUCAGGGAAGGAGAUUAAUGAGGACAAGGUGCCUCAUCAUAGGGACACAGGAAGUGUCUCUACAGAGGAAAUGGAGAGUGGAGGAAUUCCUUCCCUAGCAAAGAGGCCCAGGCCUGAUGAUGUCACAGCUGACAGCACAGGAGAGAUUGAGGAGGACACCGGCGGUAAGGUGGCUGAUGGGAAGGAGUCAGACCAGCCCCCUCGGGUUGAGGUGAACAUUACCCCGGAGACAGGUUACGGCUGUGCCUGUCCCAUCUGUGGCUUUGUGGCCAAAACUCCAACUGCCUUGAAGAUUCACUCCAAGAGGAAGCACACCGGUAGAGGAAAGACCCGGGGUGUGAGCUCAGCUGAGGUACUUGUUGAAAUAGAUGGCUCCACAACCAGAGCAACAGCACAGACUUCAAAUUACAAGACAGGUGGAGACACUGAGGAGAAAGUGAGCAGCAGUGAGAGACAGCAGGAUGCCACAGAGAGUCAGAGUCAGGGCACAGAGGCAGGGGGUUCUGAGGGGGAGGUGACUACAAUAAUAGCCAAAGAGGAAAUUGCUGAGAAACAAGGGACAGGGAGAGAUACUUUUGAUAUGAAGGUGACUACAAUAGCUACAGAGGAGAUUGCAGAGGAGGAGCAAGAAAAGACCCCCGGUAAGAAGAUAGUAGGUAAACGGGGCCCCAAGCCCAAGACCAUACAUGCUUGUAGCUACUGUGGUCACGAGUUUAGGGACAAGCCAAGCCUAGAUACACACAUCAAGAGACGCCACACCAAAGAGAUGAAUUACUUCUGUGAAUUCUGCUUGUACGCCUGUGUGGCAAAGUGCGACUACGAAAAGCACUGUCUUAGUAACAAGCACAACAAACGAGUCGCGGAAAGCAGGGAAUCCUCUGGCCUCUCGUCACCCAUGGACAAGAAGACAGCCGAGCAAGCUCAAAUCUUUGCCUCCACGACGACUCAGACCCGGGCGUCCAGGCGUGCGCUCGGUGCCAGGUUCCAGCUGCAGUGCGGGAGUUGCGAAUUCAGGGUCAGCAACUCUGCUUUGCUGGAGAGCCACGCUCGGCUAAAGCGCCAUGGCGAGCAUCGCUUCCUCUGUAACGUCUGCCGCUACUACACCGCUACAUCCGAGUGGAUGGACACACAUGUGUCCUCGGAGAGCCACCGGCGUGUGGCUGAGGAGAAAAACACAGGGUCCUCCUUUGAGGAGUGCGUUGAGAAGGUGAGCAAAGAUUCGAUCGGUGACGACAUGCUGACAGAUGACGUGGCAGUAGGGGUCAUCGGACAUGAUGGAGAGCUGCAACCUGAUGUUAAUGAGGAAGCUAUUGAGGCUGCGAAAGUCGUGUUGGAGAACAUGGAAGAGCACACGGACGAGAAAAGCCCCCUCAAGAGGAGGAGAGGCAGGCCAAAGGGGCCUGCUGCAACUACAUGUGAAUACUGUGGCCUUCUCGCCUCCAAUAGUACCAAUCUAAAUGUGCAUAUUCGUCGUAAGCACAGCCGGCAGUACAGCUUCACCUGCAGGCUUUGUUCUUACAACUGUGUGACGAAAGGCGACAUGGACCGACACUGUGUCACAAAGAAGCACCUUAAACGCGUGGAGGAUGCUAGCAGCGAUGGCCAAGUGGACCUGGAUACAUCAGUGCAGGUCGUGAGUAAAGAGUCAGGCUCUCAGGCCAGCGAGGGUGAGGCUAUACAUCGGAAUAGUCCAGUCAGAGCAGGGUCCAAAAGAGAGGAGGGGGCCACGGACAAAACAGGGGAGCUGUCACAAGACGACGUCAAAGCACAAGUGAGCAGCCCGAAAAAGAGCAAGUACGACUUGGUCAACUCCUGCAGCCAUUGCAGCUUCGUAGCUCAUUCGAUUCCCUCCCUCGACCUCCACGUGAAGAGGAGACACACCCGGGACUUUGAGUUUGUGUGCCUGGCGUGCAGCUACUACGCGGUCACGCGUCGAGAGAUGUCUCGCCACGCCUCCACGGACAAGCAUAAGCAGAAGAGUGAGGUCUACCUAGAGAACCUGGAGAGCUUUGUGGCGGAAGACCUGGCACAGCCAGAGGAGGAGGCUAUGGAGCUGGGGAACAGAGCUGACCCUGAUGCAGACAACAAUGCUCACACUGAGGAUCCCUCCCCCUCAGUGCCCCCUGACACAGACAUAGAGCAGCCCACAGGCACAACUACAGACCAGCCUAACAUUAUAGACACAGACCAACCCACAGACACAGAUACAGAUCAACCCACAGAGACAGAGCAGCCCAUCAACACAGACACAGACCAGCCCCCUAUCAUCGAUACAGAACAACCCACAGACACAGGUACAGACCAACCCACAGAGACAGAGCAGCCCAACUACACAGACACAGACCAGCCCCAUAUCAUCGAUACAGAACAACCCACAGAUACAGAACAACCCACAGAUACAGACCAGCCCAAUGACACAGACACAGACCAGCCCCCUAUCAUCAAUACAGACCAACCCACAGAGACAGAGCAGCCCAACAACACAGACACAGACCAGCCCCCUAUCAUCAAUAUAGAACAACCUACAGAUACAGACCAACCCACAGACACAGACCAGCCCAAUGACACAGACACAGACCAGCCCCCUAUCAUCAAUACAGAACAACCCACAGGUACAGACCAACCCACAGACACAGACCAGCCCAAUGACACAGACACAGACCAGCCCCCUAUCAUCGAUACAGAACAACCCACAGACACAUAUACAGAUCAACCCACAGAGACAGAGCAGCCCAACUACACAGACACAGACCAGCCCCCUAUCAUCAAUACAGAACAACCCACAGAUACAUACCAACACACAGAGACAGAACAGCCCAACAACACAGAGCAUAUUACCACUAACCCCACACAGACUUCUGACGUUUUGAGCAAUGAGCAUGCAGCCCCAAUAGUGGAAGUUAGUGGCACUGUUGUUGAGGAAAACACAGAGAUCCAGGUGGCUGGUGAGGCGUCCUGUGGUGGCUCGGAACAAACCAGCAACGAAGCUCCAGGUACGUUUGAGCCUCAGGAGGCACCAGCAGAAAUCACCAUUACACCGCCCGAGGAAGGCCAGAAGGAAGGGGCCGAGCCCGAGGCGGAACCAGAGCUAUUCUGUUCAGACGACGACAUUGAGAUGGCUGAUGAGAAACCUGACAUCUCUUCCCCAGAGAAACAGCUCACCAGGGCGCUGCCGUUCGACGCUUGCAUCAUACCUCUCAAGUCCUUGACUGAAGCCGAGCUGGCUUUGCAUGAAGAACGCAUGGCUCACUCUGUUGAGGGCCACUCUGGCCUAGCCGGACCGGGCAGUUUCCAGAAGAUCAAAAGAACCAAACCUGUAGGGGCUUCAGGUCUGUCCAAGGGGUUAACUCCCAACCCCCGCAUCCGCUGCGAGGACUGCGGCUUCGUGGCGGACGGCAUGAGCGGCCUCAAUGUGCACAUCUCCAUGAAGCACCCGUCCAAGGAGAAGCACUUCCACUGCAUGCUGUGCGGCAAGUCCUUCUACACGGAGAGCAACCUGCACCAGCACCUGACCAGCGCCGCCCACCUGCGCAACGAGCAGGCCAGCAUCGAGGAGCUUCCGGAAGGCGGCGCCACCUUCAAGUGCGUGAAGUGCACGGACCCGUUCGAGACGGAGCAGGAGCUGUUCGUGCACAUCAAGGAGAAGCACGAGGAGCUGUUGCGCGAGGUCAACAAGUACGUCCUGGAGGACACGGAGCAGAUCAACCGCGAGCGCGAGGAGAACCAGGGCAGCGUGUGCAAGCACUGCGGCAAGGUGUGCAAGAGCAGCAACUCCAUGGCCUUCCUGGCGCACAUCCGCACACACACGGGAUCGAAGCCAUUCAAGUGCAAAAUCUGCAACUUUGCCACCGCCCAGCUGGGUGACGCCAGGAACCACGUGAAGAGACAUCUGGGCAUGAGAGAGUACAAGUGCCACAUCUGUGGGUGGGCCUUUGUGAUGAAGAAGCACCUGAGCACUCACCUGUUGGGGAAACAUGGACUGGGCCAGCCCAAAGAGAGGAAGUUUGAGUGUGAUCUGUGCGACCGGUCGUUCAGUGAGAAGUGGGCUCUGAACAACCACAUGAAGCUGCAUACGGGGGACAAGCCCCAUAAGUGUGCCUGGCCUGCCUGCCACUACGCCUUCCUCACCCUGUCUGCCAUGAAAGACCACUACAGGACCCACACAGGAGAGAAGUCCUUCCUGUGUGAUCUCUGUGGUUUUGCGGGUGGCACGCGACAUGCCCUCACCAAACAUCGCCGCCAACACACAGGAGAACGGCCCUUCAAGUGUCAGCUGUGCGGCUUCGCCUCCACCACCCAGUCCCACUUGACCCGCCACAAGCGGGUGCACACAGGGGAGAAGCCCUACCGAUGCCCCUGGUGCGACUACAGAUCCAACUGUGCGGAGAACAUCCGAAAGCACAUCCUGCACACGGGGAAGCACGAGGGAGUGAAGAUGUACAACUGCCCCAAGUGUGACUACGGCACCAACGGCCCCAUGGACUUCAGGAACCAUCUGAAGGAGCAUCACCCCGACAUCGAGAACCCUGACCUGGCCUACCUGCAUGCAGGUAUCGUGUCCAAGUCGUUCGAGUGUCGUCUAAAGGGCCAGGGAGCCACAUUCGUGGAGGUUGACACAGCGUUUGACGGGGCCUUCCCGGUGCGGAGGGUGGGCUCCAUGGAGGGGCUGGAGGGCCAGGAGGGUGUCCAGCAGGUGAUUAUCAUCCAGGGCUACGGCGAUGGGGAGAUGGCCUUCGACCAGGCCCUGGAAGAGUCAGCCGCUGCCACCCUGCGGGACCUGGCCAUGGCGGGCCAGGUGGCCGAGGUGCUCCACAUCACCGAGGAUGGCCAGGUCAUCUCCUCAGGGAGGGAGGUGUCUGCAGGCGGGGCACAUCACCUGGCCGGAGGCACCACCCAGUACGUCCUGCUGGAGUCCGGCGGGUCUGCAGCCGGAGGUCAUGGGGGAAGGGCGAUGCACCACCACAUGGUGUCGGAGUCAUCCACGGCUCUGGAUGCCCUCCUCAGUGCCGUCAGCGAGAUGGGCCAGCAGGAAGAAGACAGCCAAGAGGUCAUGACCCAGGAAGUUGUGUCAGAGGUCAUGGAGCGAGUGGAGGAGGAGGAGAUGGAGGUGGAGGUGAAGACGGAGGAGGAGGUGUGCGAGGAGCAGCAGGUGCAGGAGGAGCAGGUGGUCCAGGAGGUGCUGCAGUUUGCAGCCAGCCAGCUGAUGAUGAAGGAGGGGCUGACCCAGGUGAUCGUCAACAAUGAGGGGACCCACUACAUCGUGACGGAGCUGGAUGACAACACCCUCCAGGUGGAGGGGACCAUGUACACCCAGCACCAGGGAGGGGAGGACGACCAGCAGAGCGAGGGAGUUUCAGAGGGCCAGGCUGGGGAGAGGAUGGUCUACUACCUGGAUGGAGCUACACACAACGUGGUUCUGGAGAAGGUGGAGGUGGACUAGUCAGUGACUGUGGCAAGUUUCCUUGAUUCCUCGAGUCCUCUCUCCUCGCCUCCUUCUCAAAAGCCGUUGGAUAAGAAGUUAUAGGGGAGUGACCUCUGACCUUUUCAUCCAUUGGGUUUUGAGUAGGAGGCGAGGAGAGAGGAUGCAAGAAAUCAAGGAAAUGCAAUUGAGACUCUCCCUGUGUGAUGAACAAAUGUCUAGCUUAAAGCCCUUAAGAGUCUUUCUCUGUCUCUUGGAAAAUGUAAUAUUUUUUUUUACAUAGCUUUAUCUCCAUUUUGUAACGAUUUACUCAGGAUAACCUUCACAUCUAUGGAGUUAUAGUGAGGGGCGAAGAUUAUUGCUAACAUUAUUUAACAUCUGCAUAAUUUUACAGCCAAUGCCAGAAUUACCACUUGUUUUUGAAGUCAUGACUGUAAGACUGGAAAUACAUAGGCUAUUUUCACAUGGUUAUAUUUUUUGAAGUGUGUUCAAUUGCAAAAAUAAUAAUUUUAAUAUUACAUUUCCAGCAGGACAUUUUCCCGUUAUCUAGAAAGACUUACAAUCUUUAAGUUGCAUGGUUUGGUUUUAUUGAAAGUUGGAGAAUAAUAACAGCUUUAUUUUCAAGGAAAUUUCCACCCAAAAACGAUAUUUUGGUAUUUGUUUAAUUAGUCCAUUGUUGAUACAGAAAUGUUUUGCAUAUCAGCAAUCAAGUUUUCAAGAUAUAUAACUUUCAAAAUACAGAAAUACAGCCGGUAUGAUGCAUUUUGCAUCAUGAUGCAAAAUGCAGCAGUUUUCCUUUAAGUAGUGAAUUAAUUUGCAAUUGUAAAUUAAAUAAUAAUUUUUUGUUUGUUCAUUUAAAAGGUACAUUAAUAGGUCAUGUUUUGAUAAGACAGGCUAUUACAACUUGCUAUCAUACCUUGCUGAAUCUAGGACCAAUAGCAUUUUGGACAUCGAAAAUAUCCAGGCUGCUGAUUGGUCUAAAUCCAGGGGCAGUCCAAUGAUUGGCUUUUUUUUCAGCAAUUGCUCAAUAUGGUCAGGAUGCUGAUUGGUCUGAAUCCAGGGGCAGUCCACCUGUUUUUCAGGAUGUUCUCAAAAUGUCACGGUGCUUAGUUUCUGAUAAUCAUAAUUCAAUUCAAGUUGACAAGUAUUUUUUUCCAUUGGUUUUACUGCUCUCAGUUAAUGUAAAUAUAUGUUUCUGUAAAUGAAAUUGUAAUGAUACUGGCGUUUGAGUAAUGACAAUAAAGCUCAAUCUUCAUUUGGA